AUGUCGCAGAACACACAAUUACCCGCUUCCCAGCCUCAAUAUCCGCUUCUAUCGGUACUAAACCCGGCAUCGGCAACACCACUACCCACAACCGCACAAACAGCAGCAGCAACAACAACGACAACAACAACACCCACAUCACCAUCAGCGCCCAAUACCCCGCCAGUUCCCUCCGUUCUCGGUCUCGAUGCCCUCUUCAACAACCCCGUCUUCGCCGGAGGCAUCGGCCUAGCCGGCCUGGGCGCGGCCGCCGCGUUUGGCCGGCGGGCUCUCAUCUCGGGCGCCGCCCUCCUCCGCCGCCAGCUCCUCGUCAACAUCGAGAUUAGCAAGCGUGAUCCUUCCUAUAACUGGGUCCUGGCCUGGCUCGCCCAGCCGCGCGACAACAGCGGCUUCCUGGCGCAACGCCUGACCCGCCUGCGCAACCUCUCGGUCACGACGAGCACCAGGUCGCUUAGCCCGCGCGGGGUGCCCGACGAGUCCGGCGGCGGCGGCGGCGGCGGCGGCAAGAUCCACGCCGACUUCCGCGUGCAGCCGGGCUUCGGCCGGCACAUUGUGCGCCACGCCCCGGGCGUCUACAUCGCGGUGAACCGGGAGAAGGCCGGGACGGCGACGACGGCGACGGGCGAGCCGCACGAGACGCUGACGCUGACGCUGCUGUGGAGGCACCGGCACGUGCUGGCCGACGUGUUCACGCAGGCGCACGCCCUGGCCCAGAGCUUCCAGCAGGGCAAGACGGUCGUCUACACGGCCCGCAAGAUGGAGUGGGCCGUGCUCGGCAAGCCCAGGCUCAAGCGGCCGCUGGGUAGCGUCAUCCUGGACGAGGGCGUCAAGGAGCGGCUGGUCGACGACGUCAAGGAGUUCCUCGGGGCGCAGCAGUGGGGCUACCUGCUCUACGGCCCGCCCGGCACGGGCAAGACGUCCUUCAUCCAAGCCCUGGCCGGCGAGCUGGACUACAGCGUCGCCAUGAUCAACCUGAGCGAGAUCGGCAUGACGGACGACCUGCUGGCCCAGCUGCUGACGCAGCUGCCCGAGAAGAGCAUCUUGGUUCUGGAGGAUGUGGACGCGGCCAUGGUGAACCGCCGGCAGCGCGACCCCGACGGGUACAGCGGGCGCACUGUGACGGCCUCGGGCUUGCUCAACGCCCUGGAUGGCCUGGCCGCCGGCGAGGACCGGAUCGCUUUCCUCACGACCAACCACAUCGACAGGCUGGAUCCCGCCCUGAUCCGCCCGGGCCGCGUCGACGUUAUGGUGCGCAUCGGCGAGGCCACCCGGUACCAGGCGGCCCAGAUGUGGGAUCGCUACUACGGCGACAUCGACAAGGACCACUCGGGCCGGGAGCGUUUCCUCAAGAGGUUGGACGAGCUGGGCUUGUUUGGCGGCGACAGCCAGAACCCAGACGUGCCCAAGAGGCACACCUCUACCGCCGCCAUCCAGGGCCUCUUCCAGUUCAACAAGGGCGACAUGGAAGGCGCCAUCAACAUGGCCGAGGGCCUCAUUCCACGGACGUUUGAGCCUGACCAUUCGGCCUCCGAAGGGUCGAUCAAGGCCCCGGCAUGAGGCCGAAAGAGUUCUUGUAUACUAAUGUAAAACUACGCUGUACUAUCUUUUCUGGAUAUAUGUACCUAGAAUGUUGAUACCCCCCCCCCUUCCCC